AUGACGGGCAGCUUGGUGGCUCAACUGCCAUUAGCGUCGCCUUCACCCGUGCGACCUGUUGCUCCGAGCUAUUCAGUGGAUUCGUUUUCAGAGUUCUCCACUCGCACUGUCAACCAUGCCAGUUGUCCGCCCUCGGCUACUUCUGGACCCCGUUCUGCGCGGGCUAAAGAAGAAGAUGAAGAAAUAUUUCGUGAUCUCUUUGCAGGAGAGAAUGAAGCUACGGCUGAUGAUAGAGCUCCUAUCGGAUACAAGGCAUUGUUUUUUAUACCACAGAAGCCUGGCGCGCAGCGAACACCUUCAUCGACUGGAAAUUCGAACCUAAGGCAACACCUCGUUCCCGUGAAACUUGCACCAGCACAACUUGGGCUAGCACCUCCGUUCAUCCCUCGUUUAAAACUAGAAGAGCUGGUGAAUGCUCGCCCUGAUGAUGACGACGACGACGAUAAUAAUGAUUCACGGAGGACAUCUCUGCGAGGGUCAGAGCUGGAGCAAGUGACUGAUGACAUGCCAAACGGAGACAAUACUGUGUCGACAGCAGCUCAGGUCUUGCCCUGGGAUCAUAAACUCUGCAGCAGUUUGGAAUUCACUAGCAGCAACCAGAGAUCCAACAACAAUGACAAACGUGAGCAUGAAACGCUACGAUUUCUUGAAAAGCUAGAUUUAAACGCCGUGCUGCACACACCGCGCCCAGACAUACCCAGUUUCUAUCCCGGAUUGGCGAUGGUUUCAACACUAACAUUCAGGGAGUCGAAAGCUCCUGCUUGUUCGGCAAAGCCAACAGAAAAUUAUUCUAUACUCGAAAACGAACGAAUUUGUGAAGCAAAGCAGAGAAAUGACGUCGUUUUAAAGGAACCUGUGAAAGCAUCGAGAGUUGACCGUGUAAUCUCCCGCCUCGCACACAUGAAGAGCACUUAUGGCACAGCACCAAUCGUGCGAAAGGCACGCCGUGAAACCAUCAAUCGCCUUGCGAAUCCAAUUUCUGGGCAUUCUUCAACACUACAAGCUUUAUCGCCAAAACAGCGGGAAAAGCGUGAGGCCGCACUUACUAAUCGCGCCCCGUUGAGUCCAAUCUCAGCCGCCAUAGCUGUCAGUUGCAGGCGCAGCGCUUUCACAAAGAAAGUAAAGACGCCGGGAACUCUUCUUGAUGGCAUUGACCAGCGUAUUGGUGACUGUGAAAUACCAGUACCAACUCAAGCGACGGCAAAGCGAAAAAUUGUCAAGCAACAAGACCCUCUCCUCCAUAAGCGACGAACGAUUACCAAUCCCUCCGUGGGUGUUCAUGGUUCAAUGACCAACGGUUUUACCAAGAGAAAAAGUAAAACGGCACAGGGAUCUCGCUCGCUGGAUGCACGAAAAGAAGCGUUGAAGAAAAAGUUCCAAAGCGGAUCGGACCGUACAAAAUGUGACGGAAUUCGAAAAAUCGGAGGAUCUACGUUUUUGACCCAGCGUGACGAUGAAGAAGGGGUAGAAUUGAUUGAAGAUUUCAUUGCUCGAAAUCGUGGGGCGGCACAGGCGUCUUUGACAUUCCGCUCUGGCACGAAAAGACAUACCGCCCCCAAUCUACCCACCCGAAACUCCGCAACAGGCAGAUCUCGACCUCGCCCUCCGCAGACACACGUAGGGGUGACUGCCAGGAAGAACUCUUAUCGAGGACGAAGUAGUCAAACUUCUCGUGGGCUCGGUUCUUUGUGUAUUUCAACGGAUCGUAAGAUCGAAAAACCAAGAGCGCCAGUAAAUUCAACCCGCGAACCUGCUAAGUUAUUCCAACAGCCAAGACGACCUCAAACGUGGCAAGCAGGCUCGACUAUCGACCUUAACGGUUCAAGUACACGAAGUCUCACUGGGAGAUCAACUACCUCGAGUGGUGUUACGAACCCGCGCAGGUUGAAAGUGCAACCUCCCACGCAAAAGCUACUUCCUCGCGCAACAAAAGACCCUCCAUCUGCAGCUACUACACUAUUGAUGGGCUCCUCCGUCUUAGAAUCUUCUACUAACGACGUAAAGUGUGCUCGUCGUGGUUCGAAAAAGGUCUUGAUGAGGAAGUCAACAAGAUCAUCAAGAGGAACGACUACUUUGUUCGAGAAGCAAUUGGAGCAACCUAAAAGAUCUUCGACCACCGGUCGAUUGAACAAAGAAAAAAAGCCCCCAGUUCCUCGCCAACCGCGUGCAGGUCGACGAUCCACAUCAAGGUUAUGA